AAGCAGGCUGGGUUGCUGGUCGAGACAAAAUCAGUCCGGGGACACUCGGGAUGACAGAACGGCGAACUAAGACGCCGUUAUCUGACAUUAUGAUUAACUAGUCUGUUAACCAGCUAACAUAGUUGGUUAAUGGCUAAGUUACCUAUGAAAAACCAGCUGAUAAUAACGCGUUAGUUCGUUAAAGGUAGGGUCAGAAAAUUGUUUGGAUCGUGUUGGCACGGGCUGUUACAGCUAACUUUACGCUAGCAACCCACCAUUAGCUAGCUAAUGUUAAUUUUGAAUAAGCAUUCAAAUUAACAUAGCUAGCUAACGCAUAACAUAUUUGAUGUGGCCUUGCGGUUGUUGCCAUAAGUUAAGACAACAUUCACAGAGAGAAGAGUAGUUGGAAAGUUGAACUCAUGUCGAGAAAUCAUGGCGUCGAAGCAGUUUGAUUCGACAACAUAUGCAGAGGAGCAGUUUUGACUUCGGGCUGUCAACAAGCUCGCUGACAUUAGCUAUCCUGGCUAGCCAGCUAGCUUUCUUGCUACCAUGGCCAAAAUAGAGAACGGCCGUAAAUCAGUGGACACCAGGAGUAUCCGGACCAUUAGCAGCAGUCACAUGGACGAUGAAAGCUCUUUGGGAUCAGACUCUGAAAUCAACGGCUUCACCAGCGACAGACAAACCGAUAGAUAUGGAUUUAUUGGAGGAGCACAGCAGCAUACGGGAUCAUCAGCUCAGGAUGUGCCUCCAGAGGUGCUCAGGCAAAGGGAGGUGAAGUGGCUGGACAUGCUCAGCCACUGGGACAAGUGGAUGAUCAAGAGAUUCAAUAAGGUGAGGCUGCGGUGCCAGAAGGGAAUCCCUCCUGCCCUCCGAGGCCGUGCAUGGCUCUACCUGUCAGGGGGGAAGGUGAAGAAAGAGCAGAACCAAGGAAAGUUUCAGGAGCUGGAUAGCCAGCCUGGAGAUCCCAAAUGGCUAGAUGUGAUUGAGAAAGACCUCCAUCGACAGUUUCCUUUCCAUGAGAUGUUUGUCUCACGCGGAGGACACGGGCAGCAGGACCUGUUCCGUGUUCUUAAGGCCUACACUCUGUACAGACCAGAGGAGGGAUACUGCCAGGCUCAGGCUCCCAUUGCUGCUGUGUUGCUUAUGCACAUGCCUGCUGAGGAUGCCUUCUGGGGGCUGGUCCAAAUUUGUGAGAAGUAUCUUCCUGGCUACUACAGUCCUGGCCUGGAAGCUAUACAGUUAGAUGGAGAGAUCCUGUUCGCUCUGCUGCGACGUGUCUCCCCGCUAGCCUUCCGCCAUCUGGAGAAACACAAGAUCGACCCCGUCCUCUACAUGACUGAAUGGUUUAUGUGUGCCUUCUCUCGGACGCUGCCUUGGGCUUCUGUGCUGCGUGUCUGGGACAUGUUCCUCUGUGACGGAGUGAAGAUAAUCUUCCGCGUCGGUUUGGUGUUGCUUAAGUGCAUGCUGGGGACCCGGGAGAAGCUGAAGGCCUGCCAGGGCCAGUAUGAAACCAUGGAGCUACUCAGAGCCAUCGAGCCUCGAUACAUGCAGGAGGGCUUCCUCGUCCGAGAGAUUCUGGAGGUGCCAGUGACAGCCCGAGACGUGGAAAGGGAGAAUCACACCCAGCUGAAGCGCUGGAAGAAGAACCGCGGCGAGCUGAAUUUCAAAUCGCCCCCGAGGAUGCACGGCGCUCAACUCAUCAUGUUGGCUGAGCCGCCGACCCGCCAGGACCUGCAGCAGAACCCCACCAUUGUACUUGAGGUGCCUCAGCCCACCCCACAGCUGAAGAAGAGCAAGGAGGAGAAGAAAAGCAAGAAGAGGAGCAGCAUGAAGAAAGCCCAAACCAUUGAGGAAAUCCCUAAUCCUUACUCUCUCCCCAUUUACCCUCCACCCUCAGAUCCACCAGCCACUCCUCCAGUCAGCAGCAAGACACCAGAGACUGUGCCACAGACUGAAAUGUACUCACCUCACCUGCAGCAAGCGCCUCCCACAGGCCAUCCCCCUGCCAAAGAAUCUCCUCUUCAGCGAUCCACACAAAGCCUUAACAGCACAGAGCAGGAUACGUACCUGUAGCUCUGUGCGUGUGUGUGUGUGUGUGAGUGUGUGUGUGUGUGUGUGUGUGUGUGUGUGGACAAAGCACCAGCACCCUUCAAACAAUGGCCAACCAGCCUUGCCAAGGUCUCUAAUUGUCUGACAUCCCUAUUAUCCUAGUGUGACUGUUUUUGUUCAUUUAUUCAUUGUAGACGCCGUUUUGCCUGUGAUCCUAUUGGUAUACACUAAAGCAUCAUUGCUAAGUGUAAAAAUACUUUGAUGCUUUGAUGCCAUUUCACAACGUGAAGUUGAUGUUACCUCCUCUUGGUGCUUGAUGCUCUAAUUCAGACCACAAGUCUUAGUAUUCUUUGUUUGUAAAGGAGACACGUUACUGAGUUGGUGGGAGCAAAGUAAUUUCUUCAGAGCAGUGUGGUUUCAAGGUGUAACUUGGGACCUAAGGAACAAUGAGGUUCCACAGUUUAUGCAGUUUUUCUAUAUGCUUCCACUCAGAUUCAACACUCUUGAGCUCAUUAGUAAUACUGUGCAGCAGUGGAUAUAAACUCCUGAUAGAAAUCAUGCUUUUCAACUAUUAUUAGCCAUUAUAUUUCAUUAGGGGUUUCUUUCACUAGAGGGCAGCCUCGCGGAGGCAUCCGCUGUAAUUCCUGUUACAUUCCCUGUUAGUAAAGCUGAUCACAGCAGGGAUGGGAUUUCUUUAAGAAUUCACUAAGUUUGGGAGGUAUUUUUCUGAGACAUGUUGGGGUUUUUUUUUUUUUUUUUUUUUCUUCAGUAAGGAAACCUGUGCAUUUCAUGUUUAUAUUCUUAAAGGUGGAGCGAUUCUGGAGAAAUCCAAAACCAUGACAAAUACCAUUUUAUAUAUAUAUAUAUAGCAAACAACGACACAGUAAGUAAAGUAACUGACAUUAGCUAAGUUGUGGGUUAGCAAACAGUCGUUACAGAUGCUGCUGCGAAGUUAACAUGCAGAGACCUCCCACAGCCAGCACACCAGCUCCAGACAGCGAUACUCACAACUCUCCUGCUACUAUAGCUAACAUCACAACAACAAAAUAUAACCUGGCAAUCUAGAAAGUAAUCUGAAUGUCUGUGGCCAAGUCAUUUAACGUUACUUCACUUACUAAUCAUGGCAGGAACGGUUAGAAUUGUGUAGUGUGUUACGGGGUGCGGGCCACUUUAUUUGUUUCUCAUUUACAGAGCCAGUGCUGUGUACAAACACCGGAAUUUUUUAGGCACACCCAGAACAGACCGCUAGCAGACCGUAAAGAGACAAAAAGAUAUGUAUUACAUUAGAAUCGCUUACCCCACCUUUAAUCACCUUACUGAAUCGAUAAACUUCAGUCAUGCCACAUUAUGUUCAUGGGAAGUCUUUUUCUACAAGUACUAUUUAUUUAAAGAACAGUUAAAACAUGAAAUUUGCUGUUUGUGCGUGUUCUGCACAAAUGGUCACAUUUUUUCAGCGUCAGUUGAAUUGAUGUUGGUUAACUGUAUAAACUCCAAUAUUCACUGUGCCAGGCACUUCCAGCCACUUUAGAGCUGCAGUAAUUCAUGUUACCUUAGGCAGCAGAGAGGAGAACACUGGACAUUCCUCACUGUGUGACACAUUCCUGCCUUGUUAAAAGCUAAUCGGUCUAAAAGCUGUCUCUUGCCAAAUGCAAAUCUGUAUAAUGUAUGUGCAUGUGUUUCAUGUAACAUCUUGGACAGUGAGCGAUUGGAAAUCACCUAAUGGUGCUGACCUUCCUCUUGGCGUUGUUCAAAUAUCCAGUUGGAGCUAAGAAGAUUUUGUAGUGUCUACAUUCUUUUAUAUUUUGCUAGCAAAGCAUAUCAAGACUGCGUUGUUUUGAGAUGACCUACGGCCGCUACCUGUGACCAAGCGUAUUCUGUUAGUUAAGUCAAGAGGGAUUUCAUUAUUUUGGGAUAUUUGUAGUAUUUCUCCUUUUUGAAAACCUGGCUUGGAAAUACGGAGACAUGUUGUUUUUUUCAAAAUGUAUUGGACAAUCUUUUUUUAUGACGGUUCAAGUCAGUUUUGUAACUUUCAUCACAAUAAGAAAAGGUAAUGGGAGUUUUGACAAGCAUAAGCACACUUGUGUAAAAUGUGUUUGUAUAAUAUUAAAAAAAAAAGUAUCAUGCAUGUGUUGGUCAGUUGGGGCUUAAAAGGAUAACACACAGCCACUUGCCUGGAAUGGAAUAGCUUUUUAGUUGCUUAUAUUACACAUUUUGCUGUUAUAUUUUAAUUUAAUGCUCAUUAUGUAGAUAUGACAUGUAAAAUAACAAUUUGUUUUGUAAUGAAAUCUAUUUUUCAGUCUAUAAUGCUAUAUUUUAUUGAGAAGUGACAGAAACUGCAGAGGGGACAUUUCUAAAUUGUCUAAAAAAUGUAGGACAGUAUAUUAUCGAUAAACAUUUGUAACACUAGGGGGAAAAAGCUCAUGAAAUUUGAGGGUAACUUGCACGGGAGAAGUUUUUCUUACUCUUAAGUAGGAUUCGUGUGAUGUCACCAUCCACAUUAGGGUUAUAAAAACGUUUGACAACCAUGGGGCAGUAUGCGUCAUCAUGAAAUUUUACGAAUAAAUGGAUCUUUAAAGCC